GUAUUCUCAUUUCUAUAAAUAAUGUCAAUAGGACCACUUCCAUGUGCCUCUUCUUGAUAGACACAACCCAAGAGUAAAGCCAAAAAAGAUAGAAGCCCAAAGAAAGCCAUGGCCAUGGCGGCGAGAAAAUAUGAGGUGGUGUUCAUUUCAACGCCAGGGAUCGGAAACAUGGUCCCACUUGUUGAAUUUGCGCAACGCCUCAUCGAUCAUGACCAUCGGUUUUCCGCCACCAUACUCAUCAUCACCAUGCCCGAAAGGCCCCUCGUCAACACCUACGUCCAAUCACGCGCCAGCUCACCCGCCACCAACACCGUCCGAUUCCUCCACCUCCCUACUGUGGAGGAUCUUCCCUCACCCGAUCAGUUCCAAUCUUCCCUCGGCUUCGUUUGCUGUCUCAUUGAAAAACACAAACCCCAAGUGAAGCAGGCGAUCACCAACCUCAUGGCGGCAACCGAGUCAAAAUCCAACUCACCGGUUCGACUCGCCGGGUUGUUCGUUGAUAUGUUUUGUACUUCCAUGAUUGAUAUAGCGAAGGAGCUCAGCAUCGCUUGCUACCUUUUCUUUGCAUCUCCGGCGACUUUUCUCAGCUUCAUGCUUCAUCUUCCGGUUUUAGACAUCGAGCGUCUCACCGCCGAGCUAGUCAUCCCGGCGUUCUUGAACCCCGUUCCUGCGACCGUGUUGCCUCCGUCGGUGCUGACGAAAGAGGGGUACGCUUCAUUUUUGCACAAUGGACUCCGGUACGCAGAAACGAAGGGUAUUAUUGUGAACACGUACGUGGAGCUUGAGCCUCAUGCGGUUAACUCGGUCUCCACGGGCCCAUUGCCACUGGUUUACCCAGUUGGACCAAUUCUGGACCUUUCUGGGCCGGCCCAAUGGCAUCCUGACGGGGCCCACCAUGAGAGUAUAAUGAGGUGGCUUGAUGACCAGCCUUCAUCAUCGGUGGUGUUCUUGUGCUUUGGAAGUAUGGGAAGUCUCAGUGGGUCGCAAGUGAGAGAGAUAGCAAUUGGGCUUGAACGGGCCGGACUUCGGUUCUUAUGGGCCUUAAGGGAGAAACCGAAGGCCUUCUUACAUCUUCCGAAUGAGUACGCAAAUCUCGAGAAGGUUUUACCAGAUGGGUUCUUGGAACGUACGGCUGGAUUUGGCUUGGUCUGCGGGUGGGUCCCGCAGGUGACAAUCUUGGCCCACAAGGCGAUCGGAGGUUUCGUCUCGCACUGUGGGUGGAACUCAAUCUUGGAGAGCUUGUGGCACGGUGUGCCGAUUGCCACGUGGCCGAUUUACGCCGAGCAACAAAUGAAUGCCUUUGAGAUGGUGAAGGAAUUGGGAUUGGCGGUUGAGAUUUCGUUGGAUUAUAAGGAGGGGAGUGAUUUGGUGCGGGCGGAGGAGGUUGAGAGAGGGAUAAAGCGUUUGAUGGACGGCGAGGAUGAGGUGAGGACAAAGGUGAAGGAAAUGAGCAAGAAAAGUAAGGUGGCUGUGAUGGAAAAUGGGUCAUCAUAUAGGUCAUUAGGAGUGCUGAUUGAGGAAUUAGUACUUAAUUAGCAGCAGUGAUUUGAGAAUCUAAGAUGGGACCUACUUGUCAUUUGAUGAAAUAUAUUUAUUUGCAAUUUGCUCCUUCA